AGCCACUGCUCACUCAGGUCGGGACAGGGGAGACAGCACAGCCUCGGGCACCUCUGCAGCAAGACUCACACACCUGAUCCCGGCAGAUCUCAGCUGCACCGUCCAACGCCAACAUGUUCUUCCCCUUAAGGAAAGUCCUGGGACACGCGGUUUCACUCAGCAAGUUCCCCGUGCGCACACUCCGGCACAGUCACCCUGUUCUAGGUCUCGCCGCAUUGAAGGGGCGACACCUCCUCACACUCAAAGAUUUUGAUGGUGAAGAAAUAAAGCAACUUCUAUGGACAGCAAAUGAUCUGAAAAUUAGAAUAAAACAGAAGGGAGAGAUUUUAUCUUUGAUGCAAGGGAAAUCCAUGGCCAUGAUAUUUGAAAAAAGAAGCACCAGAACAAGAAUAUCCACAGAAACCGGAUUUUCACUGCUUGGAGGACACCCUUGCUUCCUUACUACACAGGAUAUUCAUCUCGGGGUAAAUGAGAGCCGCAAGGAUACAGCAAGAGUGCUCUCUGGGAUGACGGACCUGAUCCUGGCCAGGGUUUACAAACACUCUGAUCUCGAGCAGCUAGCACAGGAUGGCACAAUCCCAGUGAUCAAUGGGUUGUCUGAGCUGUAUCAUCCUAUCCAGAUUCUGGCUGAUUACCUUACUCUUCAGGAGCAUUUUGGCUCAUUGAAUGGUCUAACUGUGGCUUGGAUAGGAGAUGGAAACAAUAUUCUACAUUCCUUAAUGAUGAGCGCUGCUAAACUGGGUAUGCAUCUUCAUAUUGCUACACCUAAGGGUUUUGAACCGAAGAGCAGUAUCAUCACGUUUGCGGAGUCAUUGUCAAAACAGUGUGGAACGAAGUUGUUUAUGACCAAUGAUCCAUCGGAAGCAGCAAAUGGAGCCAAUGUUCUAGUAACAGACACAUGGAUCAGCAUGGGACAGGAAGAGGAAAAACUAGAGAGACUGAAAGCAUUUCAGGGUUACCAAAUCACCUUGAAGACUGGAAAGUUUGCUGCCCCUAACUGGGCUUUCUUGCAUUGUUUGCCACGAAAACAAGAAGAAGUAGAUGAUGCAGUAUUUUACUCGCCAAGAUCACUGGUCUUCCAAGAAGCUGAAAACAGGAAAUGGACAAUCAUGGCUGUAAUGGUUUCCAUACUGACAGACUACGCUCCACUGAGUGAGAUGCCACGAUUCUGAAUUCUAUAGAACUACGGAAAUAACACCAUUAUAUGAUGCAUUCAUCUGGGAAUAAUAUCAAUGAACUUCAAAAAACUUGGUUACUGUACAAUUAUUUGAAAUAUGAUUAAAUGGUACCAUUUCACUACAUUACAAUGCAGUAGUUGGUUGUUAAAACAUUAUUUGUAGCUUUUCUUGUUUGUUCUAAUCUAUUCUUUCUGAUAUAAAGCUUCAAACAUCCAAAUUGC